AUGACCUGGCGCGAUCGUUCCUGUGGACCCACCUCGUGGCCCCGUCGUCGGGAGCAUGGCUGGUUAGGACGUCGAGGUUCGACGGCGGGGAGAUGCGGAGGCGGCUCAGGUUCAGGAGGCUCCCAACGCUCGUGGCAGAGCCAGCCUUUCUCGGUCCGGCAUGGUGGCUGCCCUUUUCUCCCUGGGCGCCGCCAUGAUCUGGGUCGGGCGACAAGGGCUCUCCUGUAUGCGGGUCGCGGCGGGGACCUCGCUGAUGUGCUUGCGGCAUGCGGUUUGGGGUUCGGCGUCGUAGGAGUGGAGGCGGAUGAGGUGGUUUUAAGUGUUGCGAGGCGGCAUUUUGGACUGGUCGAAGACGAUCUUCUCCGGGUCGCCGUUGGUGACGGGAUUGAGCUGAUGGAGUCGAGAAACGUGGAGCUUGAUUCGGAUGGCUUUGAUGUGAUUAUGGUGGAUUUGGAUUCGGAGGACCCUCUGAUGGAGGGAGUUAUUAGUGCGCCGCCGUCGGGGUUCGUCAGGAAAAGUGUUCUUCUGGGGGCAAGGUCGGUCGUUCAGGAGAGGAAGGGUGUAGUGGUGGUAAAUGUGAUUUCUCCGAGUCAGUCCUCCUACCAAAAUUUGCUCGCUUCUUUGCGUGAGGUUUUUGCUGCGUUGUACGAGAUAGAUGUCGGCAAUGGUGAGAACUGCGUUCUUAUUGCCGUUGCCUCCCCUGACCAACUAGCGCGAGAUGGGAACAGCGGCCCCCUCUUCGACAAGUUGAAGGAGGUUGGUGUCCUGGGAUUUCUGGAUCAUAUGAAGAAAAUCUGAGAGUGUAAAGGGCUUGGUGUC